AUGAUGAUCCUAUUAAACACAUUGCAGCAAGUUGCAAAAUUUGGUUAUUCAACAAUUUCAGCAAAAAAUGGUCAAGAAGCAAUCAAAUUAAUUGAUUCUGAAUUUAAAUUAUUAAAAAAUACGAUCCCAAGUUCAUCAAAUUCAAAUGUUGACCAAGUAAAGACUUCCAAAAUUUCAUUAAUUUUAACAGAAUACAAUUUACCAAUAAUGUCAGGCCUUGAUACCGCACGAGCAAUCAGGGCAAUGAGUCCACCAAUUUCAAAUAUACCAAUUAUUGUUCUAACAUCCAUGCCAAUGGCGGAUAUACAAAAUAAGUGUAUUGAUGCGGGAAUAAAUGAUUAUUUCUCAAAACCUUUGAGAGUUUAUGAACUUGAAAAAACGUUAAUUAAAUGGCGAAAAGCAAACAGUUCAAUGGAAAAUGAAAGUGACUUACAAGAGAUACCACCAACAACAUUAUCUUCGUUUAAUGGCUUGGAGGACGAAUCUGAAAGAACUUCACAACAAGGGCUAAGGAGUAGUUUCGAUCGCCUGCCAGUAGAUAUGUUCAAGGUGUUAUGUAGAGGUGAGGCUUAUCGGAAAAGGCUAUCGGAUGUGCGUUUUGGUUGUGAUUUUGAGAAUAUGGCUCGGGAUAGUAAUAUUGAAAAGGCGUCAGAGAUUAAUUUUGGGAAUGAUGAGAAUCGGGAUCUCCCAGUAGAUGAUAUGCAGGAUCCGAAUGAGAAUGAUUCUAUGGAAGCUUAUUUUCAGGAUAAAUUAGCCAGUGCUAGGCAAUCGGCUAAAAACAAACGGCAGAGGGUUGAAUCUUUGGG